UGGAUCCAACUGCUGCGAACGCUUGGGGCCCGCGCGAUAUUCGUAGUUUAAUGUUUCCGUCCACUUGAUGACAAAUCCCGCCGUGUAAAAAUGGCCACAUGGGGUUACCCAGAAAACCCAAACAUGCAAUUGAGACCACGGGUAUAUAAUUGUGUUUUUGGACCAUCAACUUAUCGGUAUGAGUGGAAUGGACCCAAGGGAAUCCAAUGGUACUUUUGAAUACUUCUAAAAAGACCGCGCAGUAAAAAUUUGUCCGUUAUCAUCGAUUUACAGGUCUACGCUUGCUUUUUUCUGGCUGAGCUACGUACAUGUUUCGUCCCCUCCAGUUUGGUGGCAGGGCGAAGUGAAAUAAUUUCGCAGAACGUAUCCCGUGAGGCCGUGACCCGUGUAGAAAAGACUCCGUCUAUGAGCCAGAUAUUAGUUUAAUUGGACAUGGAUAUGAACAAAAUCGUAUCAACGGACCAAAAAGUAGACUGGACAAAUAUUUUUUUAAGUCUUGAACCGCAUUUACUAUUUCUUCAGAUGUGAUUUCUUUAUGUGGCUAUGAUGUCCGAAUGAGGUGGUUUUCGGAGUGGAUAAACUUUUGUCACUGGGCAUUGGACAUGGAUGGUUUGAAUGAUUUUUAUGGGUUUCGAAUGGAUCCGCAACAGUCCAAAAUUGGACCAAAUUGAAGGAGAUUUAACUGGAUUAGAGCUCAGUCCCAAGUUUCUCAUCCCUCCGGCACAAAAUGGUGUUAUUUAACAUCCCUUUAAUAGUACUUCUUACUCGGCCUACAACAAAAUUGUUCUUCUCCUAGAUAUCCAGACAAGAAUGGAUGGAUGUGGUACAAUGGCUUGAUCUAGCCCACAGCUUCUUUUUGUAGAUGGGAACUCUCUUCUCUAAGUUCUAUUUAGGCUCCAAGUUAUUUUUGGGUGGGAUGAUCUAGUUUAAGUGUGACUUCGUUGUAGUGCCCAUCGCUCAAUAGUCUAUCAACUAGAAGUUAGCUCUUAAAUGGAAACAGUUGAUCGGACUACUAAGAGCCGUUUGGCGCGGACUUUUGCCAAGGUUUUGCACAUUCGACAAGCAACCGGUGUUGCUCCGGCCGAUGAAAUUCACAGGAAGACUACGUUUCGAGAAAAGUUCAAACAUGAUGUCUUUGAUGCCGAUGAUGUUGAUGACAAGCUCCGGCACAAAAUUGCCAAAGAAGCUUUUCUGUCGAAGCUGUUUGCUACCAUUUCAACAGUUAAAGCAGCAUAUUCCCAGUUGCAGUUUGCUCAAUCUCCUUACGAUGCUGAUGGGAUUCAAGCUGCUGAUCAGAUAGUGAUAUCAGAGCUGAAGAAUUUGUCCGAGUUAAAGCAAUGCUAUUUGAAGAAACAGUUUGAUGAGUUGUCUCCUGAGAAAACACAGCUGUUGGCUGAAAUCCAGGAGCAAAAGAGUCUUAUCAAGACAUAUGAAGUUUUUGGGAAAAAGCUGGAUUCUGAGCUUAAGCUCAAGAAUUCUGAAAUUACAUUUCUGAAAGAGAAAUUGGAGGAAGCCAACAGGGAGAACAAGGGAAUUGAGAACAGAUUGAACUCAAGUGGGUUGUUGUCUGUUGGUGAUAAUCUUCACCUCUCAGGCUUGAGUCCCAACCAUUUCAUUUCAUUUCUUCGACAAACCACGAAAUCCAUCCAGAAUUUCAUUCGGUUGAUGGUCAAUGAGAUGGAAUUAGCCGGGUGGGAUUUAGAUGCCGCUGUUGGAGCAAUUGAACCGGGUGUUUGUUUCUCGAAUCCAGACCACAUUUGUUUUGCAUUCGAGUCCUUUGUUUGCCGCGAAAUGUUUGAUGGUUUCAAUAACCCGAACUUCUCUCUUUGGAACGAGUCUUUGCCGGAGCAGCCAAAGAGCCAUCGAUUUUUCUUUGAAAGAUUCAAGCAAGUGAAAUCCAUGAAAACUAGGGAAAUCCUUGUUCAGAACCCAAAAUCAGCAUUUUCAAGGUUUUGCUCUACCAAGUACCUGAAACUCGUUCAUCCCAAAAUGGAAACGUCUCUGUUUGGCAACCUGAAUCAGCGAAAAUUAGUGAAAUCAGGUGACAACCCCGAGACUACUUUCUUUGCCACGUUUUCUGAAAUGGCAAAACGGGUUUGGCUCCUGCAUUGUUUGGCAUUUUCAUUUGAGCCUGAAGCGUCGAUCUUUCAAGCCGGGAAGGGGUCUCGAUUUUCGGAAGUUUACAUGGAAAGUGCGUGCGAAGAAGCUUUCUUUUCUCCUGAGGGCUCUACAGAAACUGACCCGCCGGUGGCAUUCACGGUGGUUCCAGGGUUCAAGAUUGGUAAAACUGUGAUACAGUGUCAGGUGUACCUCUCUUCCUCUUAGUCAUUAAAGCUACUUAAGAUCCAGAAAUUAUUCACUGGUCUGAACCGAUGGUCCCGCGCUUCUCCACAGCCACACAAUAGGUGGAUAGGUCCAGCAGCAUUGUGUGGCACCGAGGAGCCAAGUACCAUUGGCCGCGCGCACCGGUUAAUUUUACCGGAUGAUCGGCCAUCACCCGGGUAGGAAUCGUUGCCGAAAGGCUCGCAACAAUCAUGGGUUGAACUGGACUCCACUGUCUCUGUAGUUUUUAGGUAAUUAUUAUGGAAUAGAAAGAUGGGUUGCCUGAGUCUGUCAUGUGGUUUCCACAUUUUCGCCUGGGCUUUUUGGUCUCUGUUUUGUGGCUAUUUUUUUCAAGAAAGAAAGCUUGUGGACUGUUUGUUGGGAGCAAUCUCUGAAAUUUUGUUGAUAAUAUCAGGGAAGUGACGGUUCAGAUGUAUUAUAUUUAUCUAUUUCAUAUCAUAUAUGUAAAAAUGUCUCUAUUUGCUA